CGCUAAUUGUCAAAAUAUAUCUUAUUGUUUUUAAAAUAUUUAUCAUUAAUAUACUCAUUUGAAGAUCAGAAGUGAUUCAAAUAUUAAUUUAAAUAUAUCGAAAAUAAAUCAAAGACAAUAUGACAGCGACAGCAUCGUCAAGUCAAGAGCAAGCCGUCGUGCUCGACAUCGGAGCAAUGAUCGACCUGGCCAUCGGCACACCAGAGGUUGGUGUGGUAGACUUCGGUAUGCUACAAAUAGUGCUACACUGCUUGGCGCAACAGAUACGAAUGGCCGAAAAGCACGUCGAACUGCGAGGUGACUCAGAUAUGCUGCCUGUUGGAAGGGACUACGUACGAACGGUUUCCAUAACAGAAUACGCUGUGGACACUGAAGGGAAUAAGAUACAAGAGAUUGAUCCUCAUGCAGCUCCAUCGCCUGAAGAACAACAAGCUGAUAGUAUUUUCUUAGUGGAACGCUUGAAAAAAUCCGAAGUCGCGGAUCGAUCGAAGAAAGUGGAACAAGCACAUGUGGUGGCACCGUCACUAUCUCGCAAAAUAAAACCCGAGGAGCCGCCAGAGCCCCCUGCCGAGGAACCAGCUCCGCCGGAGCCGGCUCCGCCACCGGAACCACCGGCCCCAGUUCGCAGCCAGCCUGCCUCCAUAGAACGUCUGUCUCUUGUUACUCUCAGCAAAUUCAAUGUCCUUGAAAAUACAGUAGAAGAUCUUAAAAAUCGGGUCUACGGCAGCAUGCCGAAGAACGAAGAAAUCUUGGAAGAAGUUCGAUCUCAAACAAACCUUAAAGCCAUAACGGACAUGUGGACAUCACUGAAUGUGUCUUCGCGGCUCGAAGCGGCCGAAGCCGGCAUCGCUAAGCUCAGCUCUCUUGUGGAAGAUCUCAUCGCCGACUCUAACGCCCUGCAGGAAGCUUUGAAAGAACGAAAACUCAGUGCAGAAAGGCUACCGCAGAGGCAAGUCGAAGAGCAAAGUGCGGAACCUGCACCACCCCAGCCAAGUCCCCCGGCUGCGGAGCCCCCGCCGCCGCCACCGCCUCCCGCACCGGCACCCACACCCGCCCCCGCUCCUACACCUGAACCAGUCUCAGCACCCGAAACCGCAAGCAGUGCUGCUCCCAGCACCGCCGCAUCUAGUCCCCCCGGUGCCACUGGGGCCGGCUCCGCGGGCAUCUCCACAGCUGGCUCAGCCACCGUAACCCCCGCCGCUUUCCCUAGGGUGGGCUCUAUUUCGCCGCAAAUCAACGAAUUACGUGCAAUGAUACAGCAAGUAAAAACUGAUCUUGAUAAUAUGGCUAAAGAGUUUGUUGAAGCGAUGGCAGAUUUGCGACCGGAACAUCCUGUCACAAUGCCGCCAUCAUUACCUGUACUGCCGCCUGCGCCUGUAGAAGUGGCACCACCACCAGCAGUUACAGAAGAGCUGGGGAUUCCGCUUGCCGAACUCUUGGGCAAGAUAUGUUUAGUGGAAGCUAAAUUGAAGGAGUGCUGUGAAUCUGUUAACAAACAAGAAGGAAUCAUUAGCGAUCACAUAAAUUCAUUCCAAGAUCAAAUAGAACAUUUAUCAAGACAAGUAGCAGGGAUUCAGGAAUCAGCAGGAAGUAAGAUGCCACUGGAAAAUGCGCCUGACUUGCAAGGGUUAAUGAAGUUGUACCAGACUGUGCAAGAUAUGAAGGAAGAACUGAAACUUGUGCACGAAACUGCUCUGCAUUUGGCCUCCGAAAAAGAGGACCGGCAGGACCGUAUAAAUGCAAUAAUCGAACAAAUAGAAGUACUGAAGACGAUAAAGUUGGACCGCGACGAUAUGACGGAAGCAAUGGCGGAGAAGGCGGACUUGCGGCUUCUGGCGCGUAAAGUGUCACAUGAUCAGUUCGAGCUUGCCUGUGAUGACCUGUCCAGAGGACUGGACCACGCUCUUGGGAAACUUAAUAUGCAGGAAGCGCUGUGGCAACAAGCCCUCGAUGAUAUCCAACGCGAAAUAGAAAUGAAAUUGGACAAAAUGGAGCUGUCACCUGUGAAAGAGUUCUUCAAUACAAAACUCAAGCAGCUACAAGACAACCUGAAGCAAAUCGCGUCUUUACGCCGAUCCGUAGAAGCGGCUGGUGCUAAGAAAAAACUCAUGAGAGAUUUGAACUGCAUAUCUUGUGACGCUAAGGUAGUGAUGCCAAUGGAAGGUGAAUCAAGUAUACCAAUGUCAAGGCCUUUACCGCCUAACCUCUCCAUGAAGCCUUACCUUAGUUAUGAAUUAGAUGCAAUAAGGAAGGCUCAAGCUAGUAAUCUACAGCAGCGCAAUCUACACGACUGGGAACAAAUUGACAAACAAGCGCAUACACCCAAGCCGACGCAAAAAGUGCGGUCCGAUGUGGACAAACACACUUGCAACCGUUACUGCGGCGGCUCUCACACGACUACGACACCGGCGCAGCGCGUGGCGAGAGUCGGACACUUCGUGAAGCAGUGGGGACCCGAUGUAUUGCCUUUGUCUUCUACCGUGGGUCCAGGAGAUGACGGCAGGAUGUACAAAAUGAGCACACCUGAAGGACAAUCUGCCGCAGGUGCUGCUGCAGAUCCGACUUGUACACCAAAGUUGUUAGCGAAGAAAGGCGAACCAAAGAUGGCUGAUAAACGACCCAUCGUUGUAAGCGCGGAGUGUCGAUGCCUGGAAGAAGGAGGAGGUACAAAUAAAUAGAUCGUGUGUCGAAGGAUUGAAGGUAAAGUUGUAUUAUUUUUCCGUUUAAUUUUGUGACACUUUUUAGCUUUAUUAUAUUUUUCAUAAAAGAAAUUAUUCUAAUGUAAAUAAAACAAUGUAUUAUUUUUCCUUUGAUUUAUUUGGUAAAUCAAUUACCUUACAGAGUUUGUUAUCUUAUCGUUAAGUAUCACUUAGACGUUUUAAGGCUAAAAUAACAAAAAUCGUCUUUUACAUUCAAGUAAACAGAUGACGGAAAAAACAAUCAUAUACUUAAAAUAAUUGUAUCUAAUAUUUACAUAAUGUAAUCAAAUUAAGUAAUGAUGUUGUCAACUUUACUUAAAAUCAGCUUUUUUAUUAACUUUAAUAGUAAAUAAUACAUUCCCGAUACCACAGAGAUACCAUCUACAAUAUAAAAGAUAAAUUAACAUUUAAUUUUGAGAAUCAAGUUGGAAAAGAUAAAAUACGCUUUUGAGACUCACAAUGAUGUUCAUUGACCUUGACACUAUAUUUUGACACUCUCGUGACGUUAUAAGACUUACGUCUCAUGUUAUUGUGCACGAGUUGUCAGAACAUCA